AUGACAACACUCAACAUAUUAAUUUAUGCUUUGUGUUUGUUUAGCGCCCAGAUAACCGCCCAGCGGAUUAUCGGGAAGUUCGAGCUGCCCCAAGCCGGUCUUGCGGACCCUGCUCGUGCGUUUGUGCGUGUUUCCAACGCCACAUGGACUGGCCACUACCACCUGAAUCGCCACGGCGAGUUCUCCCUUACUGGUUUGUCUGUCGGGGAAUACGACCUGGCACUCAAUUCGCUUGAUUUUGCACUCGCAUCCACAAAUUUCUACACCUUGGCGGUCCACGACGACGGAUACGACGUGUACCAAAAUGUUCCUGGCAUAUUAGCCAGUAACACUCCUGUGCCACUUGCAUCCAAACUCAAUUUCAGUGCUGAAAACGUUCGUGUGAAACGGUUUGCGGACCCUGACCAAACCUCUGGAAUCCUCGAGAUGAUCCCCUUCUGGGGAGUGCUGAAACAGUACCCCAUGCUGGGAGUCGUGAUGGGGGUGAUGGUGGUGAUUGCAUUGAUGCCGACGAUUGUUGGGUUCAUCGACCCGGAAUUCAGUGAAAGAGUGCUACAGGCGCAGCAACAGGUCGCCGACAACCGCAAACCUGCUCCCCCCAAACAAUAA